AUGGCAGCGAGUUUAGCGUCAAAGUUUGAAGUUUUGGAGGAGUUAGGAAGUGGGAGCUUUGGCGUUGUUUACAAGGCGAUAGAGAAGGAGUCUGGGACUGUUGUUGCUAUAAAACAUAUUGACUUGGAGUCCAGCGAGGACGACAUUCAAGAGAUUCAACAGGAGAUCUCAGUACUGAGCACUUGCGCUAGUCCGUUUGUCACGCAGUAUUACGGGAGUUUUGUUAAAGGGUACAAGUUGUGGAUAGUAAUGGAAUACCUUGCCGGCGGGUCCUGCCUCGACUUGCUAAAACCCGGUCCCUUCAGCGAAGCCCACAUCGCCAUCCUGAUGCGAGAACUCCUCCUUGGACUAGACUACCUCCACCGAGAAAACAAAAUCCACCGCGACAUCAAAGCGGCCAAUGUCCUUCUCUCCGGCACCGGCCAGGUCAAACUCGCAGACUUUGGCGUGGCGGCCCAACUCAGCAACCUCAAAUCCCAGCGCAACACAUUCGUCGGGACCCCCUUCUGGAUGGCGCCCGAGGUGAUCUCCCAGACGACGGGUUACGAUUUCAAAGCGGAUAUAUGGUCACUCGGGAUCACCGCUAUGGAACUUGCGCAGGGCGAGCCGCCAAACGCUGCCAUUCACCCGAUGAAAGUGCUAUUUCUGAUCCCAAAGGAGCCGGCGCCGAGGCUGGAGGGUAAUAGGUGGUCUAAGGAUUUCAAAGACUUUGUGGAAAAGUGCUUGAAUAAGGAUCCGAUUAAGAGGGCUAGCGCGAAGGAGCUCUUGAGGCACAGGUUUAUCAGAAAUGCCGGGAGGACACAGCUGUUGCAGGACUUGAUCCAGAGGAAGCAGAAGUGGGUGGGGAGUCAGGGUGGUAGACAGGCGCAUCCAAAGUUGUACCAGGCUACAAUGUUUGUUCUAGCAUUCCUUACCAAGCCCACACAUGUAUACUGA